AUGCCUCUGCCAAAUCCCGCUCUCCAAGAACACUUGGCAGACACCAGGAAAGUUAUUGGUGCUGCAGUGGGCGAGCCUGACCUCAUAUCCUGGCUGGAGGAAGAGGAGGAGCUGUUUCUCCACGACUCUAAUGAAGAGGAGCGAUUGGCAGGAGCGCAUCUGUCGGAGCCAACAAAUGAAACAAAAGAACGUUCUGCAACAGAUGAAGAAGAGACUUAUCCAGAUGUGAAUGAGAACGUUGCAUACUGUGAUAUCCUAAGGAAUGAGCAGGGGAAAGGGGGGAGUAAUUCCAGUCAGUUAAAGGGUGGUGAGUCUCAUGAAGCUCCAUCAAUUACAGAAAUAUGCAAAGGAGACAACCAGAAUAACAGCCCUGCACGUGAAGAAAAUUUUCCUGAAAAUUCAUAUAUCAAUAUGAAUUCCCAUCAAAGAAACCAAACCAGGGAGAAAAAAUAUAAACACCUGGAGUGUGGAAAAGGCUUCAUUGAGAGUGGAAGUCUUACAGUCCAUCAAAGAAUUCACACAGGGGAGAAACCAUAUAAAUGCCUGGAAUGUGGAAAAAGCUUCAGUCGGAGUGACCACAUUUUUUCCCACCAAAGAAUUCACAUGGGGGAGAAACCAUAUAAAUGCCUGGAGUGUGAAAAAAGUUUUACUGACAAGGGAAAACUUACUGUCCAUCAACGAAUUCACUCAGGAGAGAAACCAUAUAAAUGCUUGGAGUGUGGGAAAAGCUUCAGUCGGAGUCACCAUCUUUCUUCCCACCAAAGAAUUCACACAGGGGAGAAACCAUAUAAAUGCCUGGAGUGUGGAAAAAGCUUCAGUCACAGUUGCAACCUUACUUCCCACCAAAGAAUUCACACAGGGGAGAAACCAUAUAACUGCCUAGAGUGUGGGAAAAGCUUCAGUGAGGGGAAAAGUCUUACUGUCCAUCAUAGGAGUCACACAGGGGAGAAACAAUAUAAAUGCCUGGAGUGUGAAAAAAGCUUCAGUCGGAAUGACAGCCUUACUUCCCACCAAAGAAUUCAUAGUGGGGAGAAAACGUAUAAAUGCCUGAUGUGUGACAAAAGUUUUAGUGACAGGGGAAGUCUUACUGUCCAUCAACGAAUUCACACAGGGAAGAAAAUGUAUAAAUGCCUGGAGGGUAAAAAAAGCUUCAGUCAGAAUGACAGCCUUACUUACCGCAAACAAACAUACACUGGAGAGAAACCAUAUAAACGCCUCGAGUGUGGAAAAAGCUUCAGUCAAAGUGACGACCUUUCUUCCCACCAAAGAAUUCACACAGGGGAGAAACCAUAUAAAUGCCUGGAGUGUGGUAAAAGCUUUAGUCAAAGUGGAAGUCUUACUAUCCAUCAACGAAUUCACAGAGGGGAGAAACCAUAUAAAUGCCUGGAGUGUGGAAAAAGCUUCAGUCACAGUUGCAGCCUUACCUCCCACCGAAGAAUUCACAGAGGGGAGAAACCAUAUAACUGCCUAGAGUGUGGGAAAAGCUUCAGUGAGUGGAGAAGUCUUACUGUCCAUCAAAGGAUUCACACAGGGGAGAAAACAUAUAAAUGCCAGGAGUGUGAAAAAAGCUUCAGUCGGAGUGACCACAUUUUUUCCCACCAAAGAAUUCACAUGGGGGAGAAACCAUAUAAAUGCCUGGAGUGUGGUAAAAGCUUUAGUCAAAGUGGAAGUCUUACUAUCCAUCAACGAAUUCACUCAGGAGAGAAACCAUAUAAAUGCCUGGAGUGUGGGAAAAGCUUCAGUCGGAGUGACCACCUUUCUUCGCACCAAAGAAUUCACACAGGGGAGAAACCAUAUAAAUGCCUGGAGUGUGGAAAAACCUUCAGUCACAGUUGCAGCCUUACCUCCCACCGAAGAAUUCACAGAGGGGAGAAACCAUAUAACUGCCUAGAGUGUGGGAAAAGCUUCAGUGCGUGGAGAAGUCUUACUGUCCAUCAAAGGAUUCACACAGGGGAGAAAACAUAUAAAUGCCAGGAGUGUGAAAAACGCUUCAGUCGGAAUGACAGCCUUACUUCCCACCAAAAAACUCACACUGGGGAGAAACCAUAUAAAUGCCUGGAGUGUAAUAAAAGCUUCAGAUGGAGUGGCAAACUUACGUCCCACCAAAACAUUCACACAGGGGAGAAACCAUAUAAAUGCCUCGAGUGUGGAAAAAGCUUCAGUCGGAAUGACAGCCUUACAGUCCAUCAAAGAAUUCACACAGGGGAGAAGCCGUAUAAAUGCCUGGAGUGUGGGAAAAGCUUCAGUCGGAGUCACCACCUUUUGUCCCAUCAAAGAAUUCACACAGGGGAGAAACCAUAUAAACGUCUAGAGUGUGGAGAAAGCUUCAGUGAGUGGAGAAGUCUUACUGUCCAUUACAGAAUUCACACAGGAGAAAACCUGAAUCCGUCACACCGUAUAAAUGCCUUGCGUGUGGAAAAAUCUUCAGUGAAAGUGGAAGUCUUAAUUCCCACCACAGAAUUCACACGGGAGAAACCAUAUAAAUGCCUGGAGAGUGGGAAAAGCUUUAGUUGGAAUGACAGCCUUACUUCCCAUCACAGAAAUCACACAGAGGAGACACCAUACUAA